ACGAGGCAGGAAGAGAACACCUAGCUCCAGAGAGACAAAUAUGAAGCAUGCUCAUAAGAUUAGCGGGAAGAAGCGAAGACGCAAAUCCUACUCUCCUAUGAAGAAAAGGAGAAGAGACUCACCAAGUCAUCUGGAGGCACGCCGAAUCACAAGUGCCAGGAAGCGGCCCAUCCCUUACUUUCGACCUAGUCCUUCCUCCAGUAGUCGGUCCGCCAGCGUCUCAUCCUGGAGCAGCCUCUUCACCCGCAGCCGCAGUCGCAGCCCGAUCCACAGCAUCAGCCGGAGCCGGAGCAGGAGUCGGAGCCGGAGCUACAGUUACUCCUCCUACAGGAGCUACAGCCGUAGUUCAUCUUGGAACUCAAUCUUUCGGACCCGCAGUCAGAGCAGGAGUCGCGGUUCUUCAAACAAACACAAAAAAACCAGGCGUUAGAUUUCUUAGAGAACAUUAAUGGACUGAAAUGCUGGUUGUGUUUUCAGUUGCGAGCAGGGACAAUGGAUGUUGGAGCAACUGACUGUGUAUGUCUCUGUUCUCCGCUUUGACGCUUGAGUGGAAAUGUCCAAGCAGGGGUCCGACUAUGUCUUUCAAUGAUGCAGUCUUGUACACUCACCCACAGAGACCACUGGAGACUGAAUGUCUUUUUGUUUGUUUGUUUUGCUCUUGUACUGUAUCCUCUUGCAUCAGCUCUCACAGUGGCCUGAGACUGUUCAUCUUGUAGAUAUUUACAAUAGACACUGCACAUAGGACAGAAACAGUAUUCCUGUAUUUGGUCAACGAACAUUGCUGUUCCUUAUUUUUAAGUCCAUGAACUUCACAUUAGAUUACUCUCUUAAAUAAAUGCUUUAAAAUUGUUUAACAACUUAAUAUUUGUAUUAAAAUUGAUUAAUUGGUGCAUAAUAAGGCUUGAAGGUAGAAGGGUUGCUUCCAGUUUUGUUCUGUUUUCUUUUUUGUUUUUGCAAUAUACACAGUAUGUGCUGGCUAAUGCAAGUGCAGUUACACCUGAUAAUUGCUUUAAAAGUUUCAUAGGACAUUGGACAUUUACUGCCAAUGUAAGGUCUCUGUGUUGCAGGUUUCGCACAGAGAAGUGAAGUAUUGAUGUAACAUUUGAGCCGUUUGAUCCAAGUUGUACAAAUGGCUUCAAAGGGAUCGUUGUCAGGAAUAAGGAAAAGGUUCAUUGCUCUGAUCUUCAGCACUUCACACGGUAGAGAACAAACGUGUUUCCCCUGAAAAAUGAAUCGGCAGGGGUGGACUGACGGCAAGCAAACUGCAUGUCAGCUCAAAUGUCAAAUUAAUUUAUCCUCUGAUCAGGUGGAAAACAAUCGAAAUGCCAGUCCAUGUAAUACAACAGAGAGCGA